CACAUUGAUCUGUGGAAGGCAGGGGUCUAUCAUCGAGAUGUCGGCCCCGAAAACAUGAUGUGGUACCGUGACAAGCUCGGGAAGCUUAUGGGUGUGUUGAACGACUGCGAUCUAUCGUCGUUGGCAAAUGUACCGGGUCCUCAGGGCAACGAGCGCACGGGCACAGUGCCGUUCAUGGCAUUCGAUCUUCUCACCGCAAGGGCACAACGAGGCGAAGUCAAACACCUGUAUCGUCAUGAUAUGGAAUCGUUCGUGUGGGUUUUCAUCUGGAUUUGCUUCCGUUACAGCAAUGGAGCCCUCCUACCACCGGCAUCGCGCCGCUUCGAUUCAUGG